CUUUUCAGCCACGAAAAGCUGCAUACUAAGCUGGUUUGACACCUGACCUAUCCAGUCUCCAUGAUGCUGGGUCCUGAGGGAGGUGAAGGAUUUGUGGUCAAGCUCCGCGGCUUGCCGUGGUCUUGCUCUAUUGAGGAUGUGCAGAAUUUCCUCUCUGAAUGCAAAAUUCAUGAUGGCGUAGCAGGUGUUCAUUUCAUCUACACCAGAGAAGGCAGACAGAGUGGUGAGGCUUUUGUUGAACUUGAAUCAGAAGACGAUGUAAAAAUGGCUCUGAAGAAAGACAGAGAAAGCAUGGGGCAUCGCUAUAUUGAGGUAUUCAAGUCCCACAGAACCGAAAUGGAUUGGGUGUUGAAGCACAGUGGUCCAAACAGUGCCGACAGUGCCAAUGAUGGCUUUGUGCGCCUUCGAGGACUCCCAUUUGGAUGCACAAAGGAAGAAAUUGUUCAGUUCUUCUCAGGGUUGGAAAUCAUGCCAAAUGGGAUCACUUUGCCAGUGGACCCUGAGGGCAAGAUUACAGGGGAGGCCUUCGUGCAGUUUGCUUCACAGGAGUUAGCUGAGAAGGCACUAGGGAAGCACAAGGAAAGAAUAGGGCACAGGUAUAUUGAAGUGUUCAAAAGCAGUCAGGAAGAAGUGAGAUCAUACUCUGAUCCCCCGCUGAAGUUCAUGUCUGUUCAGCGGCCAGGGCCCUAUGACAGGCCUGGCACUGCCCGGAGAUAUAUUGGCAUUGUCAAACAAGCAGGCUUUGACAGGAUGAGGUCUGGGGCCUAUAGCACAGGCUAUGGGGGCUAUGAGGAGUAUAGUGGCCUCAGCGACAGCUAUGGUUUCACCACUGAUCUGUUUGGAAGAGAUCUCAGUUACUGUCUGUCAGGAAUGUAUGACCACAGAUACGGAGACAGUGAGUUCGCUGUCCAGAGCACAACCGGACACUGUGUCCACAUGAGGGGGCUACCUUACAAAGCGACCGAGAAUGACAUUUAUAACUUCUUCUCUCCACUCAACCCUGUGAGAGUUCAUAUUGAGAUUGGCCCUGAUGGAAGAGUGACCGGUGAAGCAGAUGUUGAGUUUGCCACUCAUGAAGAAGCUGUGGCCGCCAUGUCAAAAGACAGAGCCAACAUGCAACACAGAUACAUAGAGCUCUUCUUGAAUUCAACCACUGGGUCCAGCAAUGGGGCUUACAGUAGCCAAAUGAUGCAGGGCAUGGGGGUGUCAACCCAAUCCACUUACACUGGCCUCGAGAGCCAGUCGGUGAGUGGCUGUUAUGGGGCUGGCUAUAGCGGUCAGCAGAACAACAUGGGUGGAUAUGACUAGUUUUCUAGAAACAUUUGAGUUAUUUCAAUCAAAUUUUCACAGGCAGCCAACAAGAAGUGGAGAGCAGUUAUUACAUAGAGAAGCUGUGGGACCCAUUUUGCACCAUGAGUUUGUGAAAUCUGGAUUAAAAAAAAAAUUACCUCUUCAGUGUUUUCUCAUGCAAACUUUCUUCUAGCAUGUGAUAAAGAUAUUGAGUAAACUAUAAGAAACUAUUUUCAGCUUUUCUCAAUUAACGUUUUGGU